GGAGGAAGAUGGCCGCUGGGUGUGGUGAGGGAGCCGAGCUUCAGGCCGCGGUCUCUGGGCUUCGCGUCCUGUGACGCGGCUUGUGGCCGAGCCCGUUCCGCCCUGGCCGCGGGCCUGGUCCUUUCAGGCCGCGCUGCGAGACGAGACGGUGUUGAGGUAAGACCAACAGCUCUCUGUGAAGAUGUCGGUUCUGAUAUCCCAGAGUAUCAUAAACUACGUGGAAGAGGAGAACAUUCCUGCUCUGAAAGCCCUGCUGGAGAAGUGCAAAGACGUGGACGAGACAAAUGAGUGUGGCCAGACCCCGUUGAUGCUGGCUGCCGAGCAGGGCAAUCUGGAGAUAGUGAAGGAGCUGAUCAAGAAUGGGGCCAACUGCAACCUGGAAGACUUGGAUAACUGGACGGCUCUCAUAUCCGCAUCCAAGGAGGGGCACGUGCAGAUCGUGGAGGAGCUGCUCAAGUGCGGGGUGAACUUGGAGCACCGUGACAUGGGCGGGUGGACGGCUCUCAUGUGGGCCUGCUAUAAAGGCCGCACCGACGUCGUGGAGUUGCUGCUUUCCUACGGCGCCAAUCCCAGCGUCACUGGUCUGCAGUACAGUGUUUACCCCAUCAUCUGGGCAGCGGGAAGAGGCCAUGCGGAUAUAGUGCAUCUCUUACUGCAGAAUGGGGCGAAAGUCAACUGCUCCGACAAGUAUGGUACCACCCCCUUGGUCUGGGCUGCACGGAAGGGCCAUUUGGAAUGUGUAAGACAUUUAUUGGCCAUGGGAGCUGAUGUGGAUCAAGAAGGAGCUAAUUCAAUGACUGCACUGAUUGUGGCGGUAAAAGGAGGGUACACACAGUCAGUAAAAGAAAUUCUGAAGAGGAACCCGAACGUGAACUUAACAGACAAGGACGGGAAUACAGCGCUGAUGAUCGCGUCCAAGGAGGGGCACACGGAGAUCGUCCAGGACCUGCUGGACGCCGGCACAUAUGUGAAUAUACCUGACAGGAGUGGAGAUACUGUGUUGAUUGGUGCUGUCAGAGGUGGGCACGUUGAAAUUGUUCGUGCACUUCUCCAGAAAUACGCUGACAUUGACAUUAGAGGACAGGAUAAUAAGACUGCUUUGUACUGGGCUGUUGAGAAAGGAAAUGCCACAAUGGUGAGAGAUAUCCUGCAGUGCAACCCUGAUACUGAAAUAUGCACGAAGGAUGGUGAAACGCCCCUGAUCAAGGCCACCAAGAUGAGAAAUAUUGAAGUCGUGGAGCUGCUGCUGGACAAAGGGGCAAAGGUGUCAGCUGUGGAUAAGAAAGGAGAUACUCCAUUGCACAUUGCCAUCCGUGGGAGAAGUCGGAGACUGGCAGAACUGCUUUUACGAAAUCCUAAGGACGGGCGCUUACUCUAUAGGCCCAACAAAGCCGGCGAGACUCCGUACAACAUUGACUGCAGCCAUCAGAAAAGCAUCUUAACUCAGAUAUUCGGAGCCAGACACCUGUCUCCUACUGAAACGGAUGGUGACAUGCUUGGCUAUGAUUUGUACAGCAGCGCCCUCGCAGAUAUUCUCAGUGAGCCCACCAUGCAGCCCCCGAUCUGUGUGGGCCUGUAUGCCCAGUGGGGAAGUGGGAAGUCUUUCCUGCUCAAGAAACUCGAAGAUGAAAUGAAGGCCUUUGCAGGGCAGCAGAUUGCGCCUCUGUUUCAGUUCUCGUGGCUCGUCGUGUUUCUGACCCUGCUGCUGUGCGGAGGGCUUGGCUUGCUCUUCGCUUUCACAGUCGACCUCAAUCUGGGAAUCGCCGUGUCCCUGAGCUUCUUGGCUCUCUUAUAUAUAUUCUUUAUUGUCAUUUACUUUGGUGGACGAAGAGAAGGAGAAAGCUGGAAUUGGGCCUGGGUGCUCAGUACUAGACUGGCGAGACAUAUUGGCUAUUUGGAGCUCCUCUUCAAACUGAUGUUUGUGAAUCCGCCGGAACUGCCAGAGCAGACUACUAAAGCUUUACCUGUUCGCUUUCUGUUCACCGAUUACAACCGGCUGUCCAGCGUGGGCGGAGAAACCUCGCUGGCGGAAAUGAUCGCCACCCUGUCAGACGCUUGUGAGAGGGAGUUCGGCUUUUUGGCCACUCGGCUUUUUCGAGUAUUCAAGACCGAAGAGACUCAGGGUAAAAAGAAAUGGAAGAAAACGUGUUGCCUUCCAUCUUUUGUCAUCUUCCUUUUCAUCUUCGGCUGCAUCAUUGCUGGAAUCACUCUUCUGGCUGUGUUCCGAGUUGACCCGAAACACCUGACAGUGAACGCGGUCCUCAUCGCCAUGGCGUCUGUGGUGGGCCUGGCCUUGGCGCUGAACUGCCGGACGUGGUGGCAAGUGCUGGACUCUCUCCUGAACUCGCAGAGAAAGCGCCUGCACCACGCCGCCUCCAGACUGCACAAACUGAAAAGUGAAGGCUUCAUGAAAGUUCUUAAGUGGGAAGUGGAGUUGAUGGCCAGGAUGGCAAAAACCAUUGACAGCUUCACGCAGAAUCAGACGAGGCUUGUGGUAAUCAUCGAUGGCUUGGAUGCGUGUGAGCAGGACAAGGUCCUCCAGAUGCUGGACACGGUCCGAGUUCUGUUUUCAAAAGGCCCGUUCAUCGCCAUUUUUGCAAGUGACCCGCAUAUCAUUAUCAAGGCAAUUAACCAGAACCUCAAUAGCGUGCUCCGUGACUCCAACAUCAAUGGACACGACUACAUGCGCAACAUCGUUCACUUGCCUGUCUUCCUCAACAGUCGUGGCCUCAGCAGUGCCAGGAAGUUCCUUGUGAACUCAACAGCAAAUGGGGAUAUUCCAUGUCUGGACCCCACGGGGAUGCAAGAAGAUAUUGACAGAAGAGUUUCACAGAACAGCCUUGGAGAGCUGACAAAACUCGGCAGCAAGACCGCCCUCAAUAGACGGGACACUUACCGGAGGCGGCAGAUGCAGCGGACCAUCACCCGGCAGAUGUCCUUCGACCUCACGAAGCUGCUGGUCACCGAGGAUUGGUUCAGUGACAUCAGUCCUCAGACCAUGAGGAGGCUGCUGAACAUCGUUUCUGUGACAGGGCGAUUACUGAGAGCCAAUCAGAUCAGUUUCAACUGGGACAGACUUGCCAGCUGGAUCAACCUGACGGAGCAGUGGCCCUACCGGACUUCCUGGCUCAUUCUCUAUUUGGAAGAAACCGAAGGGGUGCCCGAUCAGAUGACGCUGAAAACCAUCUAUGAAAGAGUAUCAAAGAAUAUUCCGACGACUAAAGAUGUUGAGCCACUGCUUGAAAUUGACAGUGACAUAAGAAAUUUUGAAGUAUUUUUGUCCUCACGGACCCCGGUGCUUGUGGCUCGAGAUGUGAAAACCUUCCUGCCCUGCACUGUGAACCUGGACCCCAAGCUGCGGGAGAUCAUUGCGGAUGUUCGUGCCGCGAGAGAACAGAUCAAUAUUGGAGGACUGGCGUAUCCCCCGCUCCCUCUCCACGAAGCUGCCCCGCGCGCGCCCUCCGGGUACAGUCAGGCUGCGUCGGGCUGCUCGUCCUCUGCUUCCUUCAAUGGGCCCUUCGCUGGCGGGGUGGUCUCCCCGCAGCCGCACAGCAGCUACUACAGCGGCCUUACGGGCCCCCAGCACCCGUUCUACAACAGGCCAUUCUUUGCCCCCUACCUUUACACGCCAAGGUAUUACCCUGGCGGUUCCCAACACCUCAUCUCCCGCUCAUCCGUAAAAGCGAGUUUGCCCAGGGAUCAGAACAAUGGCCUAGAGGUUAUCAAGGAGGAUGCUGCCGAGGGGCAGGCUGCGCCCGCAGACCCCUCGCGGGGAUCUGGCCCUGCCUCAGGAGCAGCAGUGUCAUUGAAUGCGAUGAACGUGGAGGCCGUGUGUGAGAAACUGAAGCAAAUUGAGGGCCUGGACCAGAGCCUGGUGCCUCAGUACUGCACAACCAUCAAAAAGGCAAACAUAAAUGGCCGUGUAUUAGCUCAGUGCAACAUUGAUGAACUAAAGAAAGAAAUGAAUAUGAAUUUCGGAGACUGGCACCUUUUCCGAAGCACAAUACUGGAGAUGAGAAAUGCAGAAAACCAGGUGGUCCCUGAAGACCCGCGUUUUCUUGGCGAGAAUGCCGGCGGCUCUGUGGCCCAUGGUGAGCCUGCCCGUCGCUCCUCACACGAGCUGCCACACACCGAGCUGGCCAGCCAGGCUCCCUACACACUCAACUUCAGCUUUGAGGAGCUGAACAGCCUGGGCCUGGACGAGGGGGCCCCGCGCCACGGUCACCUGAGCUGGCAGUCACAGACUCGCAGAACCCCGAGUCUCUCGAGCCUCAACUCCCAGGAUUCCAGCAUCGAGAUUUCAAAGCUGACCGAUAAGGUGCAGGCUGAGUAUAGAGACGCCUACCGCGAGUAUAUCGCUCAGAUGUCCCAGCUGGAAGGGGGCCCGGGGUCCACCACGCUGAGUGGCAGGUCAUCUCCGCACAGCGUGUCCUACCUGGGGCAGAGCUCCUCUGGGGGCUCAAUCCACUCCAACCUAGAACAAGAGAAAGGCAAGGAGAGUGAGCCCAGACAGGAGGACGGGAGGAAGGCCUUCCUCCUGAAGAGGGCUGACGUCCUCGACUACUCCUCCUCGGGGGUGUCCACCAGCGACGCCUCGCCCCUGGACCCCAUCACGGAGGAGGACGAGAAGUCGGAUCAGUCAGGCAGCAAGCUGCUGCCAGGCAAGAAGGCCUCAGAAAGAUCCAGUCUCUUCCAGACAGAUCUGAAGCUGAAGGGAGGUGGCCUGCGCUACCAAAAGCUGCCGAGUGACGAGGAUGAGUCUGGGCCAGAGGAGUCGGACAAGACACCCCUGCUGAGGGACGACAAGGACGCGUCUGCGGCAGGGAGGGUGGAGCGGGCGGCCAGGUCCCCGGAACACGGUGCUGAGCCAGGCCGCACCUUCGUCAAGGCCAAGGAGUACUUGUCCGAUGCCCUGCUGGACAAGAAGGACUCUUCCGAUUCCGGGGUGCGCUCCAACGAGAGCUCCCCCAACCACUCUCUGCACAAUGACGCGGCCGACGACAGCCAGCUGGAGAAGGCCAAUCUCAUCGAGCUCGAGGAUGACGGCCGCAGCGCCAAGCGGGGCAUGCCGCACAGCCUGAGCGGCCUGCAGGACCCGGUCCUGGCCCGCAUGUCCAUUUGCUCCGAAGACAAGAAAAGCCCGUCAGAAUGCAGCUUGAUUGCCAGCAGCCCCGAAGAGAACUGGCCCACGUGCCAAAAGGCGUACAACCUGAACCGAACGCCCAGUACCGUGACCCUGAACAACAACAGCACCCCGACUACCCGAGCCAACCAGAAUUUUGACGAAAUGGAGGGGAUUAGGGAGACCAUGCCGGUUAUUCUGAAGCCCAGUUCUGGUCUCAACCCCACUGCUAUUCAGAAUGAAAAUCUCAAAGGCGUGGCACAUAAGCGGGGCCAGCGUGCGAGCUACGGCAGGCUGUCCAAGGAGGCCUCGGAGCUGCACACUGCCGCCUCUCCGGAGAGCACAGGCUUUGGCGAAGAGAGAGAGAGCAUUCUGUAAGAAGAGCAGCCCCCUCCUGGCAGCGUCAUCCCAGAUCCGGAACCCACACGCCGCCAGUGUGUGCGUCAUCCCCACAGAGAUGUGUGCAGUGCAUUAGUGGCCAUGAGGCUUCGCCAGCCUGGCGACUUCUGAAGGAGGCACCUCAAACCUGCCUUCUCUAGCCAGAUCUCUCCCUGACACGUGAUGCCCCGAAACAGAGGAGAUCUGAAAGCAAAGGCAGGUCGGAAAUGUCCCAGUUAGGGGGCUUCAUCUGUCCAGUCAGUUCAAGGCCAGGGCCCCUUUGGUGGGGCGGUCCCUGCUGAGAGAUAGAAGACUUGAUGAUGUAGGGUUUAACUGAGGCCAGAAUUCAUAGGUUCUGGAGUUCCCCAGAAACUGGAAGUGGCCACUGCAACAGCUAGGAAGUGGUCACAGAUGAUGGGCAUGUUGCUUAUCAAAGCUGUUUUCAAUUUUAAUACGCAGAAUGUUUCUAAAACCAGAGAUGACAGCGAGCAGGACCCAGCGUGAUCAGUAGGAGGGCAGGUGGGGGGUGACCCCUCGUGUCCGCCUCCCCCUCCCUGGCUACUCUUCUCUCUGGGUCCCAGCUCUGGCUGCCCUGGCUUCCUGCGAGGCCCAGCGAGCCUGGCCCAGCGAGCCACCACGUCUCUCCUGCAGGUUUAUAAAAUGGAGUGUCUAAUUUGCUAAGUGGGCUUAGCCACAAGAGAGGGGAAACAAAUGAUGCUUUCUGUCUCUGGAACUGUGCGACGUGGGUCCUAAAUGGCAUUAGUGUUUGUGGCAGUGAGUCAGUGAGGAACUGGUUCCAUCUGCAAGGGCAGGGGCCACUGCCACAUGGCCAGGAAGUGAUUAGGACAAACCGGAACCAUUGGCUCCCACACCUGCUUGGCAUCUUGUUGUCCUGCGGAGGGAGCAGAGCCUGAGGAAGGAAAAGCUUUUUUAAAAAAAUGUUUAAAACCUGAAGCAAAGUGAUGGCAAAAAUUAGUUCAAACUGAUGAAGCCACAAGGCUUUGUGUUUUUCAUGUAGCGUUAGCAGAACGAAAAAGGAGAUCACACUUAUUACUGUGUAUACUGGAACUGUCCCUGCCAUCAUGCAUUGAAAAAGUGUGUUCUUUGUAGAGUAGCUCAUGUAGGGAGUGUGAGAAGGGCAGUCUCCCCCGGCCCCGGGCUGUGGCCGCUGAGACAGGAGGUGUGUGAGUCCCCGGAUGCAGCAUUCCGCUGGCGAUGUCUGUCCCUUGAGGGGCCUCUGUUUGUUAGCAGGUGGAAUAAAUUACUUGCUUGGCUGGCUAGUGUAGGUGCUCCUUUGCAUUUCCCUGUCUGGAUAGCUGAGUGCAAUCUAGCAUUUUCAUUAUGUGUUUAUUUUGCAUGAUCUUUCAUAACUGUUUUCAGUAAUUGAAAAAGGCAGUCUAUUAUUGACAUAUUGAAUCGUUAGCAUUUUAGUGUUGCUAAUGCUCAUGAGUUUGCAGCAGUGUGUAAUCGGUACCCGUUUCAGAGGCAGUGCUCUGUCCUUCGGUGUGUAAUUGCAGGUCGAUAUCAUUCUUCAUACUCUGUGGAAUUACUGCUGAAGCAUUGUGUCCAGACUGAGGAAAUAAUAAAAGUGCAUGCUCUCUG